AUGUCUUCCGAUCUUCGUGCCGGAUCCCUCUUCAGCGUCGCAGGAAAGAUUGUCCUCGUAACUGGAGGAGGUUCUGGAAUUGGGAAGAUGAUGGCGACCGGAUUCGCCCAGAACGGCGCGAAGGUCUACAUUGCUGCGAGGAAGGAGAACCAACUAAAAGAAGCCCUCGUCGACAUCAACAGAGUUGCGACAGGCCCCAAGGCUGAGUAUAUCGUCGCCAACGUUGGUUCGAAAGCAGGCUGCAACGCACUUAUCUCAGAAUUCAAGAAGCGGGAGAGCAAGCUCCACGUACUCGUCAACAACUCGGGGAUCACCUGGGGUGGACCGUACAACGAUUUCCCCGAGGAGAAGGGCUGGGACAAUGUGUUCAACGUGAAUGUGAAGAGCAUAUUCUACAUGACUGCUGGACUCACGGACUACUUGUCGAAGGACGCAACGAGCCGCAAUCCUGGCACCGUCAUCAACAUCUCCUCGACGGCCUCCGUCGAGCCGGGCGCCGAGGGGGCUUUGAGUGCUGACGGAAAUGGAACCUGGAGCUACCAACCCAGUAAAGCAGCCGUGAAUCAUCUCACUUCAACAUUAGCGCUCAAGCUCGGGCCGUCACAAAUCACCGUCAACGCUAUCUGUCCGGGCCUCUUUCCCAGCAAAAUGACCGCCUUUGGUCUCAAGGCAGCCGGCGAAGAGGCCUUCAAUGCGAGCCAACCUACAGGGCGGUUCGGCCAUCCUUCGGACAUCGCAGGCCUCGCACUCUUCCUUGCAUCGCCUGCGGCAUCGCAUAUCACUGGCACACAUACCAUCCUCGACGGCGGUGCUCGGUACCUCCAUCACAGCGUUGCGCCUGCUACCAAACUAUGA